UAGUCGAUGGGCCUGGAGCACAUUUCAUGAAAACCCAAUUGUUGGUAACACUUAUGCCCAGCCCGACUACUCAACGAUCGGCGUUUCUGAAUUCUGAUAGCUUGUGAUGACCUGAGCUCCGCAGGAAUCUAUAACAGUCGCAAUCGUUGUCGGGGAAGCCAAGAAGGCAAGAAGAAAAUGAAGUUUAUUAUGGAAUUCGCCGAGGAUUUGAUUCUGAGAUUGAUGGAGGAUCCGGUGGAGAGGGAUCGGCACUUCCGUGAACGUCUCUACGCAGUGAAGGACAGGUGCAAGAAGACAAAGGAGAUGUGGAGCCUUCCUCUUCGCCCGUACGGUUUCUGGACCUUUGAACGCCACAAUGCCCAGAUCUUUUCGGACUCUAAGAUUAGUCAAGCUCAAGGUCGCCGUGAUCCUUACGACGACCUGCUUCAGAAUGUCCCGAACACCUCCACUUCACAUUCCUCUUCUACAUCCACCUCCAAGUGACUAUGGCAUUUCAGGGCAUGAAGCGUGACCACUCGGCUUGAGAGCUAGAAUUAGAAGUGAAUAAGUUCCAUACUGUGUGUGAUUAAAGAUAUACUCCACCUUAUGAUUCUACUCAUUUUGAUGCUGCAUUUGGAACCAUCAUGUGUUUUAUUUGAUACCCUGCAAUUGAAACAUCGAAACCUUUGGUGUUCAUUCUGCUCAACGCUAUCUCAAUUCAUGUCUACGAGCAAUCAUGGCUUCAUCUUCUAGCAUUUUAAUGCUUUACUUGCACCUCCUUAUUUUUUUCACUGGGAGCAUACAUAAACUUUGGAAGAUUUUUGUAGCCUCUUUAUUUUGUAUGGUGAAAGGUUUGAAAGGAAAGGGGAUGAUAGCUUAUGAAUACA